GUCGGCUCCUCCUCCACUGUCGGGGCAAAGUCACUAGCGUGUUGACUCCACACGUCCCCAGAAUCCAAGGCCAGGCAGACCCGUGCUCAUGGGAUCCCACAUGCCUGGCGUGUACAGACGCUCGCACGUAUAUAAACGUGGCACACCCCCCUCGACCAUAAUUUCACCCACACUCGAGUCACCCAGUUGCCAUCUUUGCUUCUUCCAGAGACAUCAGCUAUCAUGGGUGCCGCAUUUGGAAAGCCGACAGGCGUCCCAGGUUCCUCUGGGCCUGCCAUUAUGGUCGGAUUGUUCGUCGCCUUCGGUGGUGUUCUCUUCGGCUAUGAUACGGGAACCAUUGGUGGUAUUCUCGCCAUGCCAUACUGGCGGAGAUCGUUCAGCACGGGUUACAUCAAUCCGACGGACAACUACGCGGAUAUCACUUCAGGCGAAAAGUCCUUGAUCGUUUCCAUCCUUUCUGCUGGUACCUUCUUCGGAGCUCUUGCUGCCGCUCCUGCUGCGGAUGCCCUUGGUCGUGUUCUUGGCCUAGUCACCUCAACCCUUGUCUUCACUGUCGGAGUUGUUCUUCAGACCAUCUCCACUGCCCAACCACUGUUCAUCGUCGGUCGUGUGCUUGCUGGAUUCGGAGUUGGUAUGAUCUCUGCGACCAUCCCGCUCUACCAGUCGGAAACCAGCCCCAAGUGGAUUCGUGGUCUCGUUGUCGGUUGCUACCAGUUUGCCAUUACCGUCGGUCUUCUGAUCGCCGCCAUCGUGAACAACUCUACCAAGGACCGCAAUGACAGUGGAUCUUACCGUAUCCCCAUCGCCGUUCAGUUCGCAUGGGCACUUAUCAUCUUUGCCGGUUGCGCCAUCCUCCCGGAGACUCCCCGUUGGUACAUCAAGAAGGGUCGCCCGGAGAAGGCCGCCAAGUCUCUCUCGAGGCUUAGGAAGCUCCCGAUGGACCACCCCGCCCUCGUUGAGGAGCUCGGUGAGAUCACCGCCAACCACGAGUACGAACUGUCUUUGGGCAAGGCCUCUUACCUCGACUGCUUCAAGGGCAACCUUGGCAAGCGUCUUGCGACUGGUUGCGGUCUCCAGGCCCUCCAGCAGCUUACUGGUAUCAACUUCAUCUUCUACUACGGUACUUCGUUCUUCCAGAACUCCGGCAUCAGGAACCCCUUCAUCAUUGGUAUGAUUACGGCCUGCGUCAACGUUGGAUCCACCAUUCCUGGUCUUUACCUUGCUGAUAGGUGGGGUCGUCGCAACCUUCUCCUCUUCGGCGCUAUUGGCAUGGCCAUCUCCCAAUUCGUUGUCGCCAUCGUCGGAACUGUCGCCGGUAUUGACAACCUUGCUGCUCAGAAGUCUUUGAUCGCUUUCGUCUGCAUCUACAUCUUCUUCUUCGCCUGCUCAUGGGGCCCCAUCGCCUGGGUCGUCACCGGAGAGAUCUUCCCUCUCAAGGUCCGCGCCAAGUCGCUCUCCAUGACCACCGCCACCAACUGGCUCCUCAACUUCGGCAUCGGUUACGCUACACCCUACAUGGUCGACCCCGGCCCAGGUAACGCCAACAUGGGCGUCAAGGUCUUCUUCCUCUGGGGUGGAUGCUGCUUCAUCUGUGUCUUCUUCGUCUGGGCCAUGAUCUACGAGACCAAGGGUCUUUCCCUCGAGCAGGUCGACGAGAUGUACGGCAAGGUCAGCCAGGCUUGGAAGUCCAAGGGCUUCGUUCCCACCGUUUCUUUCCAGGAUGUCCAGGACGUUCAGGCCGGUGGUCGCCGCAUGAGCUUGACCGACGCCGAGCUCGAGGCUUCCCGCAAGAGGAGCGCCCAGUACAACGAGAACUACAACGCCUACGAGAAGCCAAUCAACACCGUUUAGAUGUUGAUAUGACGGGAUGGAUUUCUAUGCGGACACGAAUAUGUACGAGCAUGGAGAUGGAAGUUGGCAGGUGUUGUUUUUGUAAAGUGCAGCUUUUUCAGCGGCUUUCGCGAUUGCGACCCCAUUGUAUAUAUCACCUCUGAAUUACGAGUGUAAUGGAUUUCUCGACGUUUUAAUAAACAUGUUUAACUCAUCAUCUUCAAUGUGCU